UCUUUCUCACAUUUCUACCUUCCUUAUAAAACAUGAGGAACGUACUCACUGCUUCUCAUAUCCUAACGAAAUCAUCACCCACGGCCACGCCCUUCCUUAGUCCAGCUAUAGCAACAAUCUCUUGCUCUCAUCGUCGCCAAUUCACUUGUUCUUUUUUCAAAUUUUCUCCUCUCUCUAACUUUAACUGCCGAACAUUCGCGAUCAUGGCUACUUCUGGGAGCGACGAGUUUGUCAAAGGAAAUGUUCAUCCAAACGGCGUCGCAGUCAUCACUCUCGAUCGUCCCAAAGCUCUUAACGCCAUGAAUCUAGAUAUGGACAUAAAAUACAAGAAUUUUCUUGACGAAUGGGAAUCAGACCCACGGGUCAAAUGUGUGCUAGUGGAAGGCAGUUCACCUCGUGCCUUUUGUGCAGGUGGUGAUGUCAAGCAGAUCACAACCAAAAAUCAACUGUCAGAUAUGAUUGAGGUAUUUACUGCUGAGUAUUCUCUGAUUUGCAAAAUUUCUGAGUACAAAAAACCAUAUUUGAGCUUCAUGGAUGGUAUAACAAUGGGAUUUGGAAUUGGUCUGUCUGGUCAUGGUCGCUACAGAAUUGUAACAGAGAGGACUGUUCUCGCCAUGCCGGAAAAUGGAAUUGGCUUAUUCCCAGAUGUUGGAUUUUCAUAUAUUGCAGCAAAAAGUCCAGGAGGAGGAUCUGUUGGUGCUUAUCUUGGAUUGACUGGGAAAAGGAUUUCCACACCUGCUGAUUCAUUGUUUGUUGGACUUGGAACACAUUAUGUCUCAUCUGGGAAUUUAGGUCCACUAAAGGAGGCCCUUUUGGCAGUUAACUUUUCCGAGGAUCCAGAUCAGGAUAUCAAAACACUUUUGGCAAAACACAACAGUGAUCCUGAGAGUGAGGCCCAAUUGAAGUUUUUUUUACCUCAAAUAAUUUCAUCCUUUGGAUCAGAAAAGUCAGUUAAGGACAUAAUCGAAGAGCUUAAAAAACAUCAAUCUAGCAGUGAGGCUUCAGUGGUGCAGUGGGCUAAUGAGGCUCUUCAAGGUCUUGGAAAAGGUGCUCCAUUUUCUCUUUGUUUGACACAAAAGUAUUUCUCCAAAGUUGCGUCAGCAUACGGGAAAGCUGACAUUGAUUUAUCGAAGCUGAGUGGUGUGAUGAAAACUGAAUAUCGAAUUGCUUUAAGAUCUUCUCUACGAGGUGAUUUUGCUGAAGGUGUUCGAGCAGUCUUAGUGGACAAGGAUCAGAAUCCGAAGUGGAAACCGGCAAGCUUGCAGGAAGUUGACCAAAGUGAAGUGGAAGCUGUAUUUGGACCUCUGGGGCCUGAAGUUGAGGAAUUGAAACUUUGAAGGUCAGACAUGGAAUCAACAUGCUUUUUCUUUAAUUUCUGAAAUAAUUGGAGGAUGGAUACUGUUCCAGUAUAAUUUGCACCAGAAAAUGAACUUGGUUUGCAUAUUCCAGAUUAGUCUGAACUUAAAAUGUGAUCAUUUCAGAUCCCAUGAAUCUUAUGUUUAUUUGCAAAGUCCAGUGAGUUAACUCCUUCUAAAACUUCAUUUGAAUUGGAUUGAUCAUUGGGUCUUAAUCAAAUCGAUUGUUAUGAUUUGAAUUUCAAAACCAUGCAGAUAACCCUAUAUCAAAAUAAAAGAGAGUACAAUUUGAUACUUGUGUCUUUUUAUCAUUCAUUGAAAUGCUAUAUCUAAUAUUUGAUGA